GCCAGCGGCAUUUCUCCCGCGAUGGCCAAGGUGGAGGUUCACAAUCCAUGGGGGAAAUAUCGCGUCGUGAGCACCAAGCCGAUGCCUGGAGCGCGAUGGAUCCAGCUCCUCGUCGAUGGCGGAUGCCGUGUAGAGGUUUGCACGGAGGAAAAGAUCAUUCUCAGCGUGGAAGACAUUGUCGCGCUCAUCGGCAGCAAAUGCGACGGCGUCAUCGGCCAGCUCACUGAGGACUGGGGCGAUGCUCUCUUUGGAGCAUUGAAGAAAGCCGGCGGCCACGCCUUUAGCAACAUGGCAGUGGGCUACAACAACGUUAAUGUGGACGCUGCUACGCGGAAUGGAGUCUCAGUGGGGAACACUCCAGGUGUUCUCACCGAGACGACAGCUGAGCUUGCCGCUUCGUUAACGCUGGCUGUUGCCAGGAGAAUUGUGGAGUCGGACUCGUUUAUGCGAGCUGGGAAAUACAAAGGAUGGCUUCCCUUCUUAUUCAUUGGGAACUUGCUCAAGGGACAAACUGUUGGAAUCAUCGGUGCUGGGAGGAUUGGAUCGGCCUAUGCACGAAUGAUGGUUGAAGGGUUUAAGAUGGAUGUCAUUUACUACGAUCUCUAUCAGUCUACGAGACUGGAGAAAUUUGUCACAGCGUAUGGAGAGUUUCUCAAGUCCCAAGGAGAGACUCCGGUCACUUGGAAAAGAGCUGCAACGGUGGAAGACGUUCUUAGAGAGGCGGAUGUGGUGAGUCUACAUCCAAUACUUGACAAAACAACAUACCAUCUGAUGAACACGGAAAGGCUUUCAAUCAUGAAAAAGGAUGCCAUAUUAAUCAACGCAAGCAGGGGGCCAGUGAUUGAUGAGGUGGCCUUGGUUGCACAUCUGAAAGCCAACCCAAUGUUUCGUGCGGGACUUGAUGUUUUUGAGGACGAGCCCUUUAUGAAGCCCGGCCUAGCAGAGAUGCCAAACGCCGUUGUGGUG